GCGUUCCCUCCAUCGGCUUCCUGAAGAAAAGAAGCAGCUUUAGAGUCAUAGUCUUCUCCGUUCUCUCAUAUAAUAUACACUGGGAAUCUGAAUAGAGAAUCUCAGUACAGACUGCCAGAGAAAGGAAAGCAAAGCAAAGCGAUCCAUUCAACUCAGUAAGGAUUUAUCAUUAUUCUUGGACUCAUAGAAGAGGGGAUUUUUGGGCGCUCUUCCUGGUAAUCAGAUUUGAGUUGAUAUCCAUUAAUGGGGUCUCUUCCAGAGCCAAUUGAGGAGACAAACUACAAGAAGCCUCCAGGAAUAAAGUUCUUAGAGGGCGCAAAGAAGACGGCCUUCUCAUACAAGACGUAUCAAGCCAUAGUUCUAAUUGUAACAUUUUUUGCAUACGCGGCAUAUCAUGCUACUAGGAAAACGACCAGCAUUGUGAAAAGUGCGCUUGAUCCACAGACGAUUGAAGUUGAGUUAAAUUCCCCAUGGCUGAGAGGUUAUGCUCAGAAUUCUCGCCAGAACUUGAGAGGAUCAUGGGUGCUUGGGAGUGGCUGGUAUCCUUUCGAUGGUCCUAGUGGCACAGAAUUGCUCGGCUAUAUUGAUGUGGCUUUCCUGUUUGUGUAUGCGUCGGGGAUGUAUUUCUCGGGGCAUAUAGGUGAUAGAAUGGAUCUUAGGAUUUUCUUGACGGUGGGAAUGGUGGGAACUGGUUUGUUCACAGCCCUUUUUGGAGUUGGAUACUGGGCAAAUAUCCAUGUUUUCUAUUACUAUUUGAUUGUCCAAAUGCUUGCCGGUUUGUUCCAAUCCACUGGCUGGCCUUCUGUGGUUGCGGUUGUGGGGAAUUGGUUCGGGAAGAAGAAGAGAGGACUUAUAAUGGGAAUAUGGAAUUCUCACACAUCUCUUGGCAACAUUACUGGUUCCUUAAUUGCAUCGGGUUUAUUGAAGUUUGGAUGGGGUUGGUCCUUGGUUGUUCCCGGUCUGUCUAUCGCCUUCAUUGGCUUGGUGGUUUUCCUUUUGUUGCCGGUUAAUCCCGAGUCUGUUGGCGCUGGUAAUGACGAAGAAGAUGACGAUCUCUCACCUGAAAAAGAAUGGAAGGAAGUUACAGAACCUCUCUUGCAAUCAGAUAGCAGCGAGGAAUCUGCUGUGGGUUUUAUCGAAGCAUGGAAGAUACCUGGGGUUGCGCCUUUUGCCCUUUGCCUGUUCUUCGCCAAGCUGGUGGCCUAUACAUUCCUCUAUUGGCUUCCUUUCUACAUUAGCCACACAGCUAUAAAUGGAAGGUACUUAUCGAACGAGGAAUCAGGGAACUUAUCUACGAUGUUUGAUGUUGGCGGGGUGGUUGGGGGAAUCCUAGCCGGCUACAUUUCCGAUCGCUUGGAUGCCAGAGCCAUGACGGCUGCCAGCUUCAUGUACUGCGCGAUUCCAGCCCUCUUCUUCUACAGAAACUAUGGCCAUGUCUCCAUGCCCAUCAACAUCAUCCUCAUGUUGAUCACGGGAGCGUUUGUGAAUGGACCUUACGCGCUGAUAACAACCGCGGUUUCAGCAGACCUGGGAACACACAGCUCGUUGAAAGGCAACUCGAGAGCACUGGCAACAGUCACUGCAAUUAUCGAUGGAACUGGCUCCAUUGGGGCUGCCAUUGGCCCUCUGCUAACCGGCUACAUUUCUGCUAAGAGCUGGGGUGCGGUUUUCACAAUGUUAAUGGGAGCAGCCCUGGUUGCCGGCUUGCUUCUAACUAGGUUAGUCAUCUCCGAGGUUGCCACCAAGAUCCAAAACUCCAGGAGCCAAGGGGAGCCAAGGUCACAGCAGUCUCCCGUCAAUUUAGUGUAAACAGUGAAAGUAGUCGCUUAUAUAAUGUGUAUAUAUUAUCUAUAUUCGAGCCCGAUGCUUUGGUUUUCAGCCUCGGAUCACCCAGAUGAAGGGAAUGGAGGAAGAUAUUACAGGUUACUCCAUUGUUGUUACUGUAUACAAGUUUAGCUGCUGUGUUGUGUGCCAAAAAGCGAUAGAUCAUUGCGUUUGGAACCAGAAGCCUAAAUUCUGGGAAUUGAAAAGUUUCUCAUUCCUGAAAGAUUUCAAAAUAGAUUAGUAUGUAGCUGUUUUGCCUUGAUGGGCAAUGGGAUUAGGUGGGGCAAAAGAUAUGAAAUUUGCUUAUCUUUUUGCCUUCCAUGUCCAUUUCUGAUUGCAUUUCUUGUCACUUUCAGAAGAUGAACCUUUUUCUUCCAUUCAAGGAUGGGGAAACUAUCUGGAAAUUGUCCUCUUUUCAAUUUUGUCCAUAAUUGAAUUUAUUUCUUUUUCCUCUUU